AUGACAGUAUGCCGUUGUAUAUCCGCCAGAAACAUAUCCAGAGAUCAGAGCAGAGAGAUCAAUAGAGCACACUACAGAAGACUGUACCUGGACCUCAAGAUCAAAAAAGUACGGCCGCUCGCGUCGCCGCGCCUGUCGGAGCAGCGUCGCGGUCGCGUUGCGAACGAAUUGAUCCCUGAACUCGUGAUGCAGGCUCGCUCGUCACCUACAGUAGGCUGGAAUUCGCCCGGACCACGCUGCGUUAAAGUCAUGAAGUACCUGGGAGCGUACCUCUUGGCCACUUUGGGAGGAAAUGAGUCUCCAUCGGCAAAGGAUAUUCUUAAGAUUCUCGGUGCCGGAGGGCUUGAUUGUGACAUGGAAGAUGCUAAUAAGGUCGUAGAUGCUUUGGCAGGCAAAUCAAUUACUGAACUUAUUGAGGAGGGGAAGAAGAAACUCUCUUCUGUCCCAUCUGGAGGCUCAGUCGCUGCUGCUCCCGCUCCUGCUGCAGCUGGGGGAGGCGGUGCUCCUAAAGCUGAGGAGAAGAAGGAGGAGCCAAAGGAGGAGUCUGAUGAAGAUAUGGGAUUCGGUCUUUUCGACUAA